AAGAACAUCCAAGCGUUUGGUGAAUCAGACGUUCCCUUUAUAUCAACAAUCAAUCCCUUUCCCAUCUGAAAUCUGUCUCCCCUCCCCAAAAAAAUCUUAAAAGAGAAUGAUAGGGACUGGAAGAAUGGGAAACAGACCUGCAAGGCUAAAGUUGUAAAUAUCUGCAGAUUGUUUUCAUGGAAUGGUGCAUUUUUCUUCCAAAAUUAUUUCUUCUCAUUCUGUUGAUUGGAAUUUCAAAGAUCACCACUUGAUGUACUCCUCCUUUGUAGGGAGAACAAACUUAUCCUAUGGUACCAGAAAAGAGCCUGAUGAAAUGGACUUUAUAUGAACCUAUGUGGAAAAUCUCCCUACAGAAAGCAACACAAAGCACGACAGAAAACAAGCAAAGGUGCAUUAAUAUUGUGCGAAUGGAGAUGUCAUUGGAGGGUUUCCUGUAGAUUUUGCCCCAAGAAAAGGAAUCAUGGAGAAUUGGAGGUCAUUUUUGCAUUGUCUCUCUUUGCUAAUUUUAUUUCAGGUAUAUGGAAACCAUAUGUGGCUACACAAACAUCCAGGUUUUGACGUUUUAGCACAAGUAUCCCAUUAUUGGCCUCUGGGGACUGUUGAAGGAAUCCAUGAGCUCCAAGACAUAAAAGGAGCUCUAAGACUCCACAACUUCACUGUGCUUCCUUCCCAUAAUUCUACUUUUGUACAUACCAAUGAUUCUGCCUACUCUAACUUCUCUGCAACUGUAGAUGUUUCUGAGGGAAUAGUGAACAAGGGCCAUGUUGUACCGGAUGCAAAGGGGUGGACAUUCCUCCUUUUUGGCAGCCCAGAACUCUGCAUUAUUAAUCCGGAAGUUUGUGAACCUCAAGGUGUAACCUUCUUUCUUUCUGGAAGACUCAAGAGCGGCAGUCUAAGCCACCUCCCAGCAUAUGGGGAUCAGGUACUUUCUAGUGGAUUUAAGGUCACUUCAGCAAAAAGUAAAGGCUCCGUAGAGCUGUUUAAUCGGGCAGAUUUCAAAGAAGUGGAAGGCCGCUUCAUCCCACCAGGCCCACACUGGACUCAUGUUUUGUUUACUGGAAAAUGAAGAUGGUUAAAAGUCUAUGUCAAUGGGACUUUGAAUACCACCGAUCAAAAAUGGACAGUUUUCUAUAGCUAUGAUGAUUCUAAUUCAAAUAUGUUGAUGGGAUCCGAAGGGGACCGCCAACAUUAUGUCAAUGGGGCUUUGAUGUAAUUCAUCAUAUGGGAAAGAGUGCUUACACCAAUGAAAUUGAAAGUAUUUUACUGCUGCUCGUUGGGAGUUAUCUUCUAAAAGUUAAUUAACUCUGUUACUUGGUCACGUGUAGCCACAACCACUACUUUCCCUAUUCUAUCUAGCAAUGCCUACCUGCCAAUCAUAAUUACCCUCACAGAGGAAAGAGGAAACUUCUACCACCCGGAUACCAUGCUGAACUAUUUGGAUAACAUUUCUCAUGCCUUACCCAAUGAAUCUCUUACAGCAGAUACUGCCUUCAACCUUACCGAGGUUUUCUUUCAGACUGUGGAAGGUGUGCUUUCCCUACCUGGUUGGAUUGAUGCAUCACAGAAAGCACCCAUUGCUGGAAGUUUAGUGGAAACAAUUGACAGUGUGAUAUUUCAUGUGGCCCAAAGUCUGGGAGGAAGCCCAUCUAUCGUAACCGUUGAAGGCACAUCAUCUGUAGCAGAUUACUCUUUGGUCAAGAUACCUCCUGUCAUCUUGAAUGUCCCUUACUACCGCUUCCCAUUGCAAGGACAGAAUUAUAUUUCCAUACCCAGUGAAGCUUUCCAGUACAAAGCCUGGAUAACCAUUGUGGGACUUCUCUACCAUACCAUGCAUCAAUUCUUUAGUAACAUCAGCCCUAUGGAUACAAAUAUACCUGAAGCAGCUGCCUGCAAGAACUGCAUGAUUUCUGCUACUAGUUAUCUUAUCUCCCUGAAAGUGGAGCCCCCACCAACUUUGUCCCACAAUUUGUCAGGUUCUCCUCUCAUUACUGUCCAUCUGAGACACACACUGACUCCUCUCCAGUAUCGCCAAGCAUUGAACACAAGCAACCAAGUGAACCUGUACUGUGCUUUUUUGGAUUACAGCAGUGGGAGCGGCGUUUGGUCUACUGAAGGCUGUGUGCGCAGUGGUGGUGACUUCAACUAUUCCAUCUGUUUGUGUAACCAUCUCACUAAUUUUGCCAUUUUGAUGCAAGUUGUACCACUAAAGUUACCAACCGGGCACCGGGUGGCGUUGUCUUCCAUCAGUUACAUUGGCUGCUCCCUGUCCAUCUUCUGUCUGACUAUCACACUGGUCACGUUUGCUGUUCUGUCGUCGGUUAGUACCAUUCGUAACCAGCGCUACCACAUUCAUGCCAACUUGUCCUUCGCUAUAUUGGUGGCUCAGAUUUUGCUUCUUAUAAGUUUCCAGUUUAAUCCUGGCACGGUGCCCUGUAAAAUCCUGGCUAUUCUCCUCCACUUCUUCUUCCUGAGUGCAUUUGCUUGGAUGCUGGUGGAAGGCUUUCAUCUCUAUAGUAUGGUAAUCAAAGUAUUUGGAUCUGAAGAAAGCAAGCAUUUGUACUAUUAUGGCAUUGGAUGGGGCUGCCCACUGUUGAUCUGCAUUGUCUCAGUAACAUCAGCUGUGGAAAGCUAUGGGAAGGACAACAACUGCUGGCUUUCACUGGGAAAUGGUGCAAUCUGGGCUUUCGUGUCCCCAGCUCUCUUCGUAAUCAUGGUCAAUAUAUACAUUCUCAUUGCAGUGACCAGAGUCAUCUCGAGAAUAAGUGCAGACAACUACAAAGUACAUGGGGAUGCCAAUGCAUUCAAGAUGACAGCCAAAGCAGUUGCUGUAUUGCUACCUAUCUUGGGAAGUUCAUGGAUCUUCGGUGUUCUAGCAGUCAAUGCUCAAGUGCUGGUGUUUCAGUACAUGUUUGCAAUAUUUAACUCAUUACAAGGGUUCUUUAUCUUUCUGUUCCACUGUCUGCUGAACUCAGAGGUUAGAGCUGCGUUUAAGCACAAAACCAAGGUAUGGUCACUGACCAGCAGUUCAGUCCGCAACAUCAAUGUGAAACCUUUCAACUCAGAUAUUAUAACUGGGAACAGGCCAGGAGCAACCCCUACAAAACUCAAUACCUGGGACAAGAGCACCAUUUCUGCCAACAAGAUUGAUCUCUCAGCAGUCUGACAUUGGACCUGACUUGCCCUCCUCUCUGUCAGCCAAGUUAUUGCCUCAGGACUUCUGAAAUGGUGUCUGCCUUUCCAGUGUUUUCUCAGAAACUGUGGCAGUAGGAAUUUCUCCUUUAAUCACUGCCUCCACAACUGAGGAAAAAACAAUAACCUUGCUGUGUUGCAUUGGAUGGAGUUAAUCCAUGUUGCUUUUGUUAACAUAUUAUCCAUCACUUAGGAACAGUGGCUGAAUCGUUCAAAACAAUAUACACUGGAUGGUCUUGUAAAACAGUGACAGAGACACUAAGCGUGGAGAUUGUGCUCCUUCACUAAUGGGACUGCAGAAGGUUAAAGCCAUCUCAGGAGGGAUGAUCAUGACAUACAUAUCUGCCAGUCAAAGCAAAAAGUUCUUAUGGCAUUAUUAAAAUCAGGCAAUUCUUAUCUAACUCUGCAUCCUUCAUUUAUAUUGGAUUACUUGACCAAGCCAAUUGUCCAGAUAAAGUGUAACCAGAAAACAUGUAGAUACACCACUUGAAAGCAAAAGGCUGAAGGGAAAAUGAAACUGGGAUGCACUUUCCCAAUGGACAUUGGCCUUAGAACCAAUGAAUAUGGCAGGUGUUGGGAAAGGGAGUGUGGGUGUGUGCCUUAUAUGUCUGUUUGCUUUUUGCCAUGAUCGUUCUGAUUGCCGUGCCAUGGCCAACUGCCUUGUCAUUUCAUUAGAGAGAUUAUGCAUAUAAGAUGUAAUACCUUUUGCCAGGAGCCAGAUGCCAGAUGAGGAUCAAUGAAUGUGUUCAAUAUUUUUUACAGAUUGACCUAUAAACCUUUGGAAAUUGUAGUGGGAUUGCUUCUGGGACAUGCCUAUCUCCUUUGCAGGAUAGACUAGAACACUGAAUUAUGCAAAAGGAUGAUGGAAGUAAAAUAAAAAUUUAAAACACACUUCCAUACAAGGUGAACAACGAGGGGAGAAAAGUACUGUGAAGCCACUAGCCAGAAUGCAGCUGGAGUUCUGUUACAUCUUUUUAUAGUUUUUUAUUUCUUCUCACGAAAAACAAUCCUUUUGUAUUUCCAAGCAAAGCAAUGAUGCCAAUGCUGUUGAAGAGAAACAACACAUGUUUUAAUUCCACAAAGAUUUUUCUCCCCUUCUUUAUGAGUAUUUUUUAAACUAGGUUUUCAAUCUGACAUAGCUUCACACAACACCAGCAGUAAAUGAUGUUUAAAGUGUUUUGCAGUUUGAAGUGCCAGAACUUUGCUUUUAAAACAAUUCAAAUAGGGUGUUCGGACUGCUAUGUCCAGCACAGGAGGGAAAACCCAUUGCUCAGUGGUAGCAUGGAAAUUGCUCCCUCCUUUCCUCUUUCAGAGGUCCAAAACACAUUACCAAAAUAAUCCAGUUUAACUGGAUUAUUUCGUGAGGCAUUUAGGAGUUUAGCACAUAGCUAAAUAAUCUAGUUUACCUUGCCCAGUUGGAAUCCUCUUUCAAGAUGCAGCCGAAUAUUAUCAUAUGCAUUUUGCCGCUGAUGCCGCCUCCUGCCUAAAACCCGGCUCCCAGCUGCGCUCAGCCGGCUGAUUUGCAAAGUUGGGAGCUUCACGGCUUUGCAAAUCAUCCAUUUGAGCUCAGAUUCUAGCUGGGAUUUAGGUGGGUUUUAUGCGAGAGGUGGCAUCGGCCACAAAAUGCAUACGAUUAUAUCCAGCUGCAUCCAGGAAGAGGAUUCAAACCGGGCAAGGUAAACCGGAUUAUUUAACUGUGCACUAAACUCCUCAGCCUUUUCUGUCAGAGAACUCUGGUGCCACAAUAAAAUACAAUUCCCAGGAUUCCCUGGCACUGAGUCAAGGCAGUUAAAGCAGUCUCAAACUGGAUUAUUUUCACUGUGUUUUGGACCAGAGUUAACCAUAAUUUAAUGAGGCAUUUGUAUUGAUGUAAAUUGCACUUGUAGCUGACUGCCACCUCUGGUUUUCAACCAGAAAUGGGUUUUCAAACUUUGAUUUGAGCUAACCAUAGGGCUAAUACUGUUGCAGACAUGAUUCUGUGUUGUGAAGUUAUAAACACUUUAUUAAAUAUAUUUUAAUACUUUUGUAUUUAUCCUAUUUUCCUGAUGUCUUCCACUUGUGAAAUACAUUGUUGGCUCCAGAUUUAAUUACAUGUAUGCAACUUGGCUGAUAUCCUGUCCCUCCUCCCCACGGCCCCUUCCAUCCACGCAAUGGAUAGCCACUAUGUGUGCAUGCGCAUGCACACAUACUGAAUGUGUAUACACAUUAAAAAUGAAUAAACCAUACAUUCCUCUUUUCCCUCUAAGUCCAUGCUGAACUCUAUAUAUUUGUCAGUGUUUUGUAAAUGAGUGAAUGGGAUGAAUAAGGAACACACAAACAAAUCUCUGUUGUUGUUGUUGUUUAAAAAAUCUAGUUGGUUGUUCUAAAGCAAAACCUACCAUUAUUUUUCAGAAAUAUAAAAAUCCUGCUGUUUAUUUAUAGACAUUCUUUUGUGGCUUUGCAAUAUGUCUUUGGAAUGGCGUGGUGUUGUCAACAAUAUGAAACCUUAAUUGAAUGAGAUGCGAGUUAAAAAUAGAUUGUGUAGGAGCAAUGACAGCUUUGUCGAGAAAGUAAUAAAAUAGCUGAUUUUCCACCUCCCCUCUAUUAUAAGAAGAAAACAACCCAUGCAAUCUUGAUUCCCUAAUAAAGAUUAAUGUUGGCUUGUUCAGUUUAUUCUGUCAUUUUAAAUUCUGCUUUGAACGCUGUCAGAGAGUGAGGCAUGUAACAUUAUGGCUGUACAAGGUUCAAAGAACUGUGCAUUUCUGCCCUGGAAGUAUGUAUGGGGUGGAGGUGGAAUGAGAUCCGAACUACAGAUGAGUGAAUUUCUCAAUCAGCAGCAUUUGGGCACAGUCAAAGACAUUUUGCUCAAUUUCUAAAUCCAAACGUAAGAACAUAUUGGCCCACACCAGCAUUAGUUGUUUUUUUUUAAAUUAAAGUAAUUUUAUUGUAAGCGAUCAGUCAAGACAGUAUACAUGAAUUAAAUAAGAACAAACUUGACAAUUCCACCAACAAAAAAACGAUGCAACACAACAAACUGUAGAAGCUGUGUUUCAAAGGCCAAGUUGAAAGUUAGAAGAGGAAAUUAAAGGUCUUCUAUUACUCUCUCAGAGUAUGAUGCCUUUCUAAACCCUCUUGUAUAACAUCCUUCCAGAUGUUGUUGUUAAUACAGUCCAGGAAAAGGAAUCAGAUCUCUUUGAAAGAUUUAUGAAAUGUCUCAUUAUUUUAGAUCUUGCAACCAACUUUUCCAUUAACAAUACAUCCCAUACAUGAUGCCACCAAUUUUCUAUGGAGGAAUUACCAGUUCUCCCAUUUUUAGCAAUUUCAAUCCUGGUUGCUGCCAUAAAAAUCUGAUUAGUGUUUUAGGUUUCAAAUGUCUGUUUAUAUUCAAAAAGAGUGAAAGCAAUAAAAGAC